AUGGGUGGGGCCCUGGGGCCGGCCCUUCUGCUUACCUCGCUCCUCGGUGCCUGGGCAGGGCCGAGCCUGGGACAGGGUGAGCAGGCUGUGACGGUGGCCGUGGUGUUUGGCAGCUUGGGGCCACCACAGGCCCAGGUCCGUGCCCGCCUCAGCCCCCAGAGCUUCCUGGACCUGCCCCUGGAGAUCCAGCCGCUCACCGUGGGGGUCAACAACACCAACCCCAGCAGCCUCCUCACCCAGAUCUGCGGCCUCCUGGGUGCUGCCCGCGUCCACGGAAUCGUCUUUGAGGACAACGUGGGCACUGAGGCUGUGGCCCAGAUCCUCGACUUCAUCUCCUCCCAGACUCAUGUGCCCAUCCUCAGCAUCAGUGGGGGCUCCGCGGUGGUCCUCUCCCCCAAGGAGCCGGGCUCCGCCUUCCUGCAGCUGGGCGUGUCCCUGGAGCAGCAGCUGCAGGUGCUGUUCAAGGUGCUGGAGGAGUACGACUGGAGCGCGUUCGCCGUCGUCACCAGCCUGCACCCGGGCCACGCGCUCUUCCUCGAGGGCGUGCGCGCCGUCACCGACGCCAGCUACCUGGGCUGGCGGCUGCUGGACGUGCUGACGCUGGAGCUGGGCCCGGGCGAGCCGCGCGCGCGGCUGGUGCCCAGCCUGGCGCUGGGCAGCACCGACGCGCCCCCCGCCGCCUUCCCCGUGGGCCUCAUCAGCGUCGUCACCGAGAGCUGGCGCCUCAGCCUGCGCCAGAAGGUCCGCGACGGCGUGGCCAUCCUGGCUCUGGGCGCCCACAGCUACAGGCGCCAGCACGGAGCUCUGCCCUUUCCGGCUGGGGACUGCCGCGGCCACCUCGGGCCCGUCAGCUCUGCCCGGGAGGCCUUUUACAGGCAUCUACUGAAUGUCACCUGGGAGGGCCGAGACUUCUCCUUUAGCCCUGGUGGGUACCUGGUCCAGCCCACCAUGGUUGUGAUCGCCCUCAACCGGCACCGCCUCUGGGAGAUGGUGGGGCGCUGGGAGCAUGGCAUUCUCCACAUGAAGUACCCGGUGUGGCCUCGCUACAGUGCCUCCCUGCAGCCCGUGGUGGACAGCCGGCACCUGACGGUGGCCACGCUGGAGGAGCGGCCCUUUGUCAUUGUGGAGAGCCCUGAUCCUGGCACGGGUGGCUGCGUACCCAACACUGUGCCCUGCCGCAGGCAGGGCAACCACACCUUCAGCAGCGGUGAUGCAGCCCCGUACACCAAGCUUUGCUGUAAGGGCUUCUGCAUAGACAUCCUCAAGAAGCUGGCCAAAGCGGUCAAGUUCUCCUACGACCUGUACCUGGUGACCAACGGCAAGCAUGGCAAGAGGGUGCGCGGCGUGUGGAAUGGCAUGAUCGGGGAGGUGUACUACAAGCGGGCGGACAUGGCCAUCGGCUCCCUCACCAUCAACGAGGAACGCUCUGAGAUUGUGGACUUCUCUGUGCCCUUUGUGGAGACGGGCAUCAGCGUGAUGGUGGCUCGCAGCAAUGGCACUGUCUCCCCCUCAGCCUUCCUGGAGCCCUACAGCCCUGCAGUGUGGGUGAUGAUGUUUGUCAUGUGCCUCACCGUGGUGGCCAUCACUGUCUUCAUGUUUGAGUACUUCAGCCCCGUCAGCUACAACCAGCAUCUCACCAGAGGCAAGAAGUCCGGGGGCCCAUCCUUCACCAUUGGCAAGUCCGUGUGGCUGCUGUGGGCGCUGGUCUUCAACAACUCGGUGCCCAUCGAGAACCCCCGGGGUACCACCAGCAAGAUCAUGGUCCUGGUCUGGGCCUUCUUUGCCGUCAUCUUCCUCGCCAGCUACACUGCCAACCUGGCUGCCUUCAUGAUCCAGGAGCAGUACAUUGACACUGUGUCGGGCCUCAGUGACAAGAAGUUUCAGCGGCCUCAGGAUCAGUACCCACCCUUCCGCUUCGGUACAGUGCCCAACGGCAGCACAGAGCGGAACAUCCGCAGCAACUACCGUGACAUGCACAGCCACAUGGUCAAGUUCAACCAGCACUCAGUGGAGGAUGCACUUACCAGCCUCAAGAUGGGGAAGCUGGACGCCUUCAUCUAUGAUGCCGCUGUCCUCAACUACAUGGCGGGCAAGGAUGAGGGCUGUAUGCUGGUCACCAUUGGAUCUGGCAAGGUUUUUGCCACCACUGGCUAUGGCAUCGCCAUGCAGAAGGACUCCCACUGGAAGCGGGCCAUAGAUCUGGCGCUCCUGCAGUUCCUGGGGGAUGGAGAGACACAGAAGCUGGAGACGGUGUGGCUGUCUGGGAUCUGCCAGAACGAGAAGAACGAGGCGGUGAGCAGCAAACUGGAUAUCGACAACAUGGCUGGUGUCUUCUACAUGCUCCUUGUGGCCAUGGGGCUGGCCCUGCUGGUCUUCGCCUGGGAGCACCUGGUCUACUGGAAGCUGCGCCACUCAGUGCCCAACACGUCCCAGCUGGACUUCCUGCUGGCUUUCAGCAGGGGGAUCUACAGCUGCUUCAGCGGGGUGCAGAGCCUGGCCAGCCCCGCGCGGCCGCCCAGCCCGGACCUCACGGACGGCGCCGCCCAGGCCAGCGUGCUCAAGAUGCUGCAGGCGGCGCGCGACAUGGUGACCACGGCGGGCGUGAGCAGCUCCCUGGACCGCGCCACGCGCACCAUCGAGAGCUGGGGCGGCGGCCUGCACGCCCAUGCCCACCUGCCGUUCUGCUGGGGGACCGUCUGCUCUCAUCUGCCACCCUGUGCCAGCCACAGCCCCUGGUUCACUGGGGCCUGGGGGCCUCCGACGCACAAGGGCAGGACCCUGGGGCUGGGCACAGGUUACAGGGACAGGGGUGGACUGGAAGAGGUCAGCAGGGUAGCCUGUGGGACGCAAGGCUUCCCGGAAACCUGCACCUGGAGGCGGAUCUCCAGCUUGGAGUCAGAAGUGUGAGGUUUCAGCCACUUUGGUUCCUGGUUGGCUGGAUUCUCUGCCUGGUGCUGCCAGAGUUAGGGGACAGGCAGAUUUGAGCUUUUCUGGUUUCUACCAUGAAAUCCUGGCCAAGGGACCCCGGUGACAGAUGAUGUCUUCCAUGGUCAGUUCAGUGACCUCAGCAGCCUCAGGUCCUGGUGUGGGCUGGGCUUUUGCUGGCCCCUCAUCAUGCAAAGUUCUACCCACCUAGCCUGGAGUCACAGGGAGCAGUGGGGCUCAGACCUAUGAGGGUCUCCCUGCCCUGGUGUUAGCCAGUGCCUGGCCAUGGCUUCCGUGGGCUUGGUGUGGGGCUGGAGGCUGCACCCUGGGAUUGGGGCAGGCUAUUCCACUUCUUGAUCCACUCGGCUGGAGUCUCUUCUCAUCAGAGUCCUGGGACAUUAAACCAACCUUUUACAACCCA